CAAAUUAUACAAGUUUAAUAGACCUCUAUAGAAAAUGAUGGGUAACUUAAGAGAAGCAGAAGAACAGUAACAUUGACCAACUUGUACAAGAUUUCAUUACUAUUUGACACAUACCCUUCUCAAUAAAAGAAUUUUCUAAUUAUUAUUGAGUAAUGAUGGAAUUGUGUGCGCGAAGUAAUUAUAGAAUUAUAAAGAUUGAACUCAAGGUCUUGGAGGACACAGAUAAGGGUUGGGGGGAAUGACAAAUAUCUGAGAAAUGAAUGUAGAGCUAUAUGCACAAAUCAUUUGAGUCCAGUCUUUGGCUUUUGGCUGAAACAUUCAGUCUUUUACAGCUUAUGUCUUGUGAAUUUUUGUAUUAUCUCAAAUAAUAAUAGAGAGCUGUAUGAAUCUAGUCUGACAACACAUUAGAAAAAAGGACAAUAUUCCUUUUGUAAAGCAUCCAUUUAUUCAUCAUCCGUCUUUCAUUCUGCCAGACCAAAGAAUUAAGGCCAGUCUUUUAAAUUUGGUUGGCAUCUCAUUUUUUUAGAAUACAGAAUGCAUAAGCAGUUGUAUUUGCCCUGGACCACAAAAGCCGUGAGAUUCAGGUCAAUUAUCAGACAGCCACUUGGCCUUUUUGAAGAAAUACACAAAGCCUGUCGAGUAGCUUAAUUUUAUCCCCUCCUAGCUACUUCACUAGGAAAUUUGCCUUCUCGGCGAAAGUUGGACAUCCACCUUCCCCCCACGCUUCCCGCAGCUACGUGUCUAAGAGCGAUUAACACUUGCUCGACAAAACCUCUUCACAGGCCAUUUGGGGGCUUGCACGCGUUCACACCCAGGGUUCAGCCCGUUGCUCCUUCACGCGCAGCCUUUUUGUUUAUGCGGCUACAAGGGAGAGAGAGGCGGAGAGGAAACGGACCCUAAAUAUGCAGCAGGCCGCUGGGGUUAUAUAAAAGCUAGGGUCUGAGGCCGGGCGGGUGGAAGGCUUGACCGCGAGCUGUCAGCAGGACUUGGCGGAGCCGGGCGCACCAUGGAGACCUCGGAUCUCGCAGAGAGCGAAGCUGGAGAAUGCGCUCGCUGCCGCCAACAGCAACCGUCUGCCCCAGACAGCCAGACGCCGCGUAGGGGCGCAGACUCCGGGUAUAGCUCGCGGGCAGCCCCCGACGCCUCCCCAUCACUCACUCCCCCGCUUCUCCCCUGCGCCCUGGGCCCUUCGCAACCGCCUGGCCCGAGCUUGGCUGCGAUAAGGUCUCCAGUCUUUGGGCGCACGUCUCCUCCGCGCACCUUGUGUCCCCCACCCCACAGAUCCGCCGGCUUCUGGAGACCUUGGGUUCACGCCCCAGGCAAGGAAGAGGAGGAGCCGCACCUCGUUGCGGAGGCGGUAUCUGAUGGCUCCGGAAUGACUGCAGCUUUAGGAAAGCUUUCCAAUUACAGACACCCGGUUAGACUGUUUUGGCCCAAAUCAAAGUGUUAUGAUUACUUAUAUCAAGAAGCAGAAGCUCUUCUGAAAAAUUUUCCAAUUCAAGCCACAAUUUCUUUUUAUGAAGAUUCUGAUAGUGAAGAUGAAAUUGAGGAGCUGAUCUGUGAAAAUUAAUCUAAUGAUUUACUUUUGAUGACAUUCAAGCCUUGUAGGACAUAAAAUUAGUGUACAAAUGUACCAUAAUCCU